CUAUUUCGUACAUUUAUGCAGUCGGUAUUUUUGGUAAAGUUGAAGUAUUUUAAAAUUCGUAGUCGGUAUUUUUGGUAAAGUGAAGUAUUUUAUCAUAAAAUUCUUGCCCAUAAUAUUCCUAAACAUAGCAUCGCCCAUGUGACCCACAUUCACUUCUUCCUCGCUAGUCGCUACAGGGCACAGGCUUGCUCUUACACACGCUACCUGCUUUCUCAUAAAUACCCCCUUCUCAAUCACCAAAAUUCACACUGAUCAACCACCUCCGAUCUCCGCCAUGUCCGUCCCUGCAUCCGUCGUCAAGCCGCCGUUGGUUGACGAGUUGGAUAUCGUCAUACCCACCAUCAGAAAUCUCGAUUUCCUCGAGCAGUGGAGACCUUUCUUCCAGCCAUACCAUCUGAUCAUCGUCCAAGAUGGAGAUCCAACGAAGAAGAUCCAUGUCCCUGAAGGAUUCGAUUACGAACUCUACAAUCGUAACGAUAUCAAUCGGAUCCUUGGCCCUAAGUCCAGUUGCAUUUCCUUCAAGGAUUCCGCUUGUCGAUGCUUCGGAUUCCUUGUCUCCAAGAAGAAAUACAUCUUCACCAUUGACGACGACUGCUUCGUUGCUAAAGAUCCAACUGGGCAAGAGAUCAAUGCAUUGGCACAACACAUCCACAACUUGUUAACACCUGCAACACCCUUCUUCUUCAACACAUUGUAUGAUCCAUACAGGGAAGGUGCAGAUUUCGUUAGGGGUUACCCCUUCAGCUUAAGAGAAGGCGCCACCACUGCCAUCUCUCAUGGCCUUUGGCUCAACAUCCCUGACUAUGAUGCCCCUACUCAACUUGUCAAGCCUCGUGAGCGCAACACCAGGUAUGUGGAUGCUGUGAUGACCAUACCGAAACAGACACUUUUCCCUAUGUGUGGGAUGAACCUUGGGUUCCAUAGGGAACUCAUUGGGCCUGCUAUGUAUUUUGGGCUCAUGGGAGACGGCCAGCCCAUUGGUCGAUAUGACGACAUGUGGGCGGGAUGGUGUGCUAAGGUGAUUUGUGACCAUUUGGGGCUAGGGGUGAAAACAGGGCUACCAUACAUUUGGCAUAGCAAAGCAAGCAAUCCAUUUAAUGCACAACCCCCACAAAAAUGCUACAUUGAGCUCUCAAAGCUUGUGAAGGAGAAACUUGGCCCAAUUGAUCCUUACUUUGAGAAGCUUGGAGAUGCCAUGGUUACAUGGAUCGAUGCUUGGAAUGAACUCAACCCGUUGACCGAUGCUGCUGCUACCACUGUCAAGAUUGAGCCUUCUAAAACUAAGUAG